AUGGCAGGCGAGAGAAAGAUGGCGUUCAAGCUCAAGCUCCCUGGUAUGCUUGCCACGGUUAUGCUUAUUACGGUGGGAGUAGUAGCAGUUUGUGAGGGCAGAAAACUAAUGACACAAACAGUAUAUGAAACGGAUAACUUUGGACGUGGUGGCGGUUUUGGAAAAGGUGGUGGUAGGGGACAUGGUGGGGGUGGUGGACUUGGGGGCGGGGGCGGUGGCGGUUUUGGGAAAGGUGGUGGUGGGGGACUCGGUGGCGGUAGAGGUGGGGGUGGAGGUGUGGGUGGUGGUCAUGGAGGAGGUUUAGGUGAUGGUCAUGGUGGAGGAGUAGGUGGUGGUCAUGGUGGUGGAGCUGGGGGAGGCUUCGGUGGGGGAGCAGGUGUUGGAGCUGGAGGAGGUUUAGGUGGUGGUCAUGGUGGAGGAGCUGGAGGAGGCUUUGGUGGAGGAGCAGGUGGUGGAGCUGGAGGAGGUUUAGGUGGUAGCCAUGGUGGAGGUGCUGGAGGAGGAGCAGGUGGUGGUCAUGGUGGCGGAGCUGGUGGAGGUUUGGGUGGUGGUCAUGGUGGAGGUGUUGGAGGAGGUUUUGGUGGAGGCGCUGGUGGAGGUACAGGUGGUGGAGCUGGUGGAGGUUUGGGUGGUGGUCAUGGUGGAGGUGCUGGAGGAGGCUUUGGUGGAGGGGCCGGUGGUGGAGCUGGAGGAGGAUUAGGUGGUGGUCAUGGGGGAGGUAUUGGAGGAGGCUUUGGUGGAGGGGCCGGUGGUGGUGCUGGUGGAGGUGCUGGAGGAGGCUUUGGUGGUGGGGCUGGUGGAGGAUCAGGUGGUGGAGCUGGAGGAGGCCUAGGUGGAGGGGCAGGUGGUGGUGCUGGUGGUGGAGCCGGAGGAGGCCUAGGUCGAGGGGCAGGUGGUGGUGCUGGUGUUGGAGCCGGAGGAGGCCUAGGUGGAGGGACAGGUGGUGGUGUUGCUGGUGGAGCUGGAGGAGGCCUAGGCGGAGGUGGGGGUGCUGGAGGAGGCUUUGGUGGCGGGGCUGGUGGUGGAGCAGGAGGCGGCUUUGGUGGAGGUGCUGGCGGAGGCAAAGGAAGAGGAGCUGUAGGUGGAGGCCUAGGCGGAGGAGGAGGGCUCGGUGGCGGUGCAGGUGGCGGUGGAGGAUUUUAA